CAGCAACAGCAACAGCAGCAGCAGCAGCAACAAACGACGCCUACAACACAUUCCACACCUACGCAUGCUGUUAUGUAUGAGGAUCCCCCACCUGUGCCAAUUGUGCCCGUGCAGCAGCAGCAACAACAACAGCCGCCUCUUCAGCAUCUGCCCCCGCCACAACAGCAACAACAACAGCAACAGCAACAGCUUACAACAACUCCUGUUGGUAGUGCUCUUAGUCCCGCCCAGACGCCUACUGGAACUGCACCACAGCAAAGUCAGCAUCUCACAUCACCUCAUCAUCAGCAACAACAUCAACAGCAGCAACAGACGCCGAACAGCGUUUCAAGUGGCGCCACCUCAAGUCUCCAACAACAAAGCUCAGUUGUGGCAUCUGGUCAAAGCCAAAUUGUUGCGCCAACAACAGCGAGUGUCUCUCCCUCCAGUGUCAGUUCCCAACAAGCAGACAUGUCCAUCUCAUUAGCACCAAUACAUAUACCCGCGAUCAGGCCUGGCUUUGAGACGGACGCAACGACGCCUGUUAAGCGGCACGCGCAUCCGUGGCCGUACGACAAUGAGUUCAACCAGUACCAUGCCUCGCCGUACUAUCUCGAUAGGGAUCGCAAGCCUAUGUUCUACGGUUACCCCGAGACCCAGUUUCAGCCUGCAUAUUGGCCCAACUAUCGCGAUCAGCCAACCUCCGCUGCAGCGGCGGCCUACAUGAGCGCCACCGACGAGCGCCAUGCUUCAGUUAGUGCGGCAGCAGCGGCGCGACAGUCUGUGGAAGGCACCUCGCAGUCCAGCUACGAGACACCCACCUACUCCUCACCAGGUGGGCUGCGCGCCUUCCCCGAGGCCUACUCGAGUACAGGCACUUCUGGCGGCCUUUCGGUUGGUGCUGUGGGUCCCUGUACGCCGACAAAUGCAAUGCAUGAGUGGACCGGACAGGUGUCGGUGCGAAAAAAGCGCAAGCCUUACUCAAAGUUUCAGACACUGGAGCUGGAGAAGGAGUUUCUUUUCAAUGCGUACGUUUCGAAACAGAAGCGUUGGGAGCUGGCGCGUAAUUUGCAGUUGACGGAGCGUCAGGUGAAAAUUUGGUUUCAAAACCGACGCAUGAAGAACAAGAAGAACUCGCAGCGACAGGCAACGCAGCAGAAUAACAACAACAACUCCAGCAGCAAUCACAAUCAUGCUCAGGCAGCACAACAGCAUCACAACAACCAUCAUCUUAACUUGGGCCUGAGCAUGGGUCACCAUGCCACGAAGAUGCACCAGUGACCUUUGGACAACAGCAACGCUGGCGCCAUGGGCUUUGCCACUUACUAGCAUUUAGCCAAUCCCAAUCCGAGUCCCCAGCCACAUUUUGAGCCCAAUCUUAAUUCGAGCUCAAUUUCAAAUCCAGUCAAGAACGAAAUGAUGCUCGACUUUACGUGCUAGUUAAAGACAAGACCCACAAACAGUACUUGUAUGCCAAAUACAUCGACCUGCAAAUUAUGUUCGAGGUAGAAAUGUGGCGGCUGAUGAGGAGGGAGGCAGCUGAGAGCUUAGGAGCUGGCGUUGCUGUUUUAUUCAAAGUUUAAGUCGUUGGCUUAGGCCAAGAAGAGUUUCAAAUGUUCUUUAAUGAAAUACAGUUAAUUAAUAAGUCCGUUCUUGAGGUAACCAUAUAUAAAAGCAAAUGCGAAGUCAAAACGAAACAACAAAUGUAAAUCACCCAGUUUAUUAACGCUUGGUGCGGUAGAUGAAUGCAGUUACAGGGUUAGCUGCAUAAAACAUCAAUGUAAACAUUAUAUAAAAUGGGAGGAGGAAGAAGAGGAAGAAAAAGAAUGAUGCACACUCA